GAGGGAGGGAGAGGAUGGGUGGAGUGUGUAGGGGGGCAAGAGAUCCCGUCGCGUUUUGACCCUCAGAAACCUCCCCGCAACCCGUUUGGCCACCACCAGAGUCACUCCUCCUCCUCUUCCUCCUCCUCCGGAUCUCCUCCACCUCCUGCUCUUUCUCUCCUCUUGAGGCUGAAAACAGCAACGCUCAUCCCGGGCCGUGACAUUUUCCAGCUUGUCGCCGUAUGCUGCUGCGCGGACAGCGAGCGCAGAGAGCCAAAAAGCAGGAGAGCGCAGGGGGGAGGACGCCGCUAAGAGAACCACCGAGCAUCCAUCCCUCAGCGAUCCGGCGCGAGAGGCGCACCAAGCGGAGGCGAGGCGCUGCAGGAAGCCGCUGCUCCCCUUUCACCUCCCCGAAAUCCCACACCGGACACGGCCCGAAUCGGACUGGAUAUUUACGUCUCGGAGCCCGGAGACAGAGAGGAAGGGAGGGGGAAAGGAUCGCUGGAGCACAGCCGAGCAGCGCAUCAUCCUCUCCGGUGUAGGUCUGGCUGUCGAGUCGCAUGGAGAAAAGGUAUGAAGAGCUGGUGCACUACUCAGGGUCGGAGGGCAUGCCGGUGGGGGGUUACGGGGAGGAAGUCAGGGCGCUUCCUCCGCAGUACGGCCCCGCCAUCCCUGACUCCCUCAAACACCACAAGGACCAGAUCUAUGGUCACCCACUCUUUCCACUGCUGGCCUUAGUGUUCGAGAAGUGUGAGCUGGCCACCUGCUCCCCUCGGGACUCUUCCUCCUCCCUCUCAGCCACCUCCCACCUCCCGGGGAUGGCCAACCACAGUGAUGUCUGCUCCUCAGAGUCCUUUAACGAUGACAUCGCCGCCUUCGCCAAGCAGAUUCGCUCCGAGAAGCCGAUUUGUUCCUCCAAUCCUGAGCUGGACAACUUGAUGAUCCAGGCCAUACAGGUUCUUCGCUUUCAUUUACUGGAGCUAGAGAAGGUACACGACCUGUGCGAUAACUUCUGCCAUCGCUACAUCACCUGCCUGAAGGGAAAGAUGCCCACUGACCUCGUCCUGGAUGAACGGGAGGGGGGCUCCAAGUCGGACAUGGAGGACUUUGGCGGGUCCUGCACCAGUCUGUCAGAGCAGAAUGCGUCAUGGUUACGUGAGCCAGAUGAAUGUGCCACCACGCCUCUAGGAACACCAGGCAGCUGUGGUCUGCCCUUACACACCACAGGAGACAACUGCAGUGAUGCAGGAGACGGUCUCGAUGGGGGAGUGGCCUCACCCAGCACAGGGGAGGAGGACGAGAGCGACCGGGACAGGAGGAACAACAAGAAGAGAGGCAUCUUCCCUAAAGUGGCCACAAACAUCAUGAGAGCGUGGCUCUUCCAGCACUUGUCGCACCCGUACCCGUCGGAGGAGCAGAAGAAGCAGCUGUCACAGGACACAGGGCUGACCAUCUUACAAGUCAACAACUGGUUCAUCAACGCCCGGAGGAGAAUAGUUCAGCCGAUGAUUGACCAGUCAAACCGCUCAGGCCAGGGUGGUCCCUACAGUCCAGAGGGAGCAGCUCUGGGAGGCUAUGGGCUCGACGGACAGGCCCAUCUGGGGCUUCGAACGGCAGGUCUCCCGGGAAUGUCUUCUCUCCAGGGUGACUACCCCGGUGCUCUGCUUUCCCAGCCAGGCUACCCUCCUCAUCCGGGAGCGUCCCUCCACUCAUACCCCGGCCCGCACCCUCACCCCGCCAUGCUGCUCCACCCACCACCGCAUGCACACCCUGCAGAGCCGCUCAUUGCUCAAGGACUGGACAUACACGCACACUAGCUAUCAGGGGGAGCAGACCGUGUGUGUAUGUAAAAGAGUGGGAGGGAACAUUACUGUAUGAAUGUGUGUGUGGAGAAAGUAUGGGUGUGUAAUGGCUGAUACGGUACUCUAUUUAAAGACAAACUGCUCCAAAAGUUUACAUUCCUCACUGAGAGACACUGACCUUAAUGUAGCUGAUCAACUGACAAAGACACACACACACACACUCACGCGCGCUUAAACAUUUCACGUACACACUCUUGAGUCUGGACCCACAGGUUUAAGCCAUACCUCUCAGAGUAGAAGUGCUUCCUCCUCUUGCAAUGUCUCCACUGUGUCCUGUGGGUGAGACACAUGCUUUAAACUACACUUCCCAUCAUGCCUACAAACCACAGAAGGACCAGAUCAGAAACACAACCCAAGGAUGUUACUGGAUGGGACUCGAUCCUGCAAGCCAAACUUUCCUCACAGCUUCUCCGUCUUCCUGCACACACUGAUGUCAGAAACACACACACACACACACACACACUUUAUUUAAAGCUUUUUUUUUGUUUUUUUUUAUAUUUUUAUAUUUAUGUGUGCCACUCCAGGCAGAUACAGCUUCACGUGAGCUUGUUGAAAUGUUAGUGCUCUUCCUCAGCAUGAAGCUAAACAUUCUGAAUGACUUCCAGUCUGCCUCGCUCUCGCACCACUGACCUCCUUAAGGCGCCAGCAGCCGUCCGUUACCUUAGAAGCUUCCCUCCAAGCACCCAAACUCACUGAUAGAUGAAGCAACAGACGCAACACAGAAAGCCAUUCUAAGACACACACACAUACAUACACAUACACAUAUACAAAGACAUAUACAGGACUUCUGCAAGCAUUUCUAGUACACUGUUAACUGUCACAGCUGUGUGAGAGGGGAGCUGCAGCCAAAGGACUCUUCAGACAUUCGGCUCCUUCUCUGCUCUACUUGGACCGCUGAAGAACUCUGAAUGAUGACGAUGGUGAAAAAAAACCUUAAAGUAUUAAAAUGUUUUUUGUGUAAGGCUUGUCACUCAUAAUUUGUUUGUUUGCUACGACUCCACCUAUAGAAUAUUGGUUGAAUAGUAAUAAUAAUGGGUUUUCAAUUUCUGAAUGAAAUCAAAUUUCAACUUGUUGAUCAGCCACUGGGUGUCAGCUCCUCACAACCUAUUGGUCAUUUUAUUCUCAGAGUGAUACUGCAGACACCCUCAAAGUAGGAGGUAAAUGGACUGAACUUAUAUAGCACUUUUCCAGUCAUACAGACUGCUCAAAGCGCUUUACACUAGAGCCACAUUCACCCACUAACACACCAAUACACAGAUCAGUAGGCAACUUGAGGUUAAGUUGACAUAUGGCAGGAGGAAGCUGGAAUUGAACCCACAACCUUCUGAUUGCAAGACAACUAAUCUUCCUACUUAGCCAGAGUCACCUAGACAAAUAUUUGUGCACACCUUGUGCACACCUUGUGCACAAAUAUCUCCUCUCCACAAAUAUUCUUUCAAAGUCCAAAACUAUUGCACACAGAACUAAUAGGAAAUGGCUGAGAUGCAUAGAAAAUAUACUGUUACUUUUUUCUAUUUUUGUUCUUUGUAUAGUAAUUAAAAAACAACAAAGAAACUAAUAUCAACCCAAAAAUAGGUCUAACAAAUCUUAUUCUGUCUAAUGUAAUUUGGUCAGAUGGGAUUUCAAUGCAAACCCAUUUUACACUCAAUGGCCACUUUCUUAGGUUUAACUGCAUGUUAAACACAAAUAUUAAACCAGUUAAUCACAUGACAGCAAUUCGGUGCAUUUAGAUCCACAUCUAGAAGUGGCAAAGGCCAAGCUGAGCCUCACAAUGGGGGAGAAAUGGGAUUUACUGUAAGUGACUUUAAAUGUGGUGCAGUGGUUGGUGUCAGAUGGGCUGGUCAGAGAGUUUCAGAAACUGCUGAUCUACUGGGAUUCUCAUGCACAACCAUCUCACAGAAAAUGGAACAGAAAAGAGAAAAUAUCCAGUGAGAGGCAGCUGUUGAUGCCAGUCGUCAGAGGAGAAUGGGUAGACUGGCUUGAGAUGAUAAAAUGCGGGCCCUGAACUCGGGUUCACAAAGAUUCUCAGAGUCCUCUCAGAGAGCUCCUAUCUUACCCCAAACAUUUCUGGUGAGAACUUAGUUAGGAGGUGUGGUUGAACCUGUUGCAAGGUGUGAUGCUGUCUUCUAAGACCUGUGAUUGGUUGUUAAAAGAACCAAAUUAAUUGCCCCCUGGUAAUUAAUGGAGAAAAAUUAACCAAAGAUGGAAUUUAGAGUGGAUUCAGAAAUGUGUAAAUCAUGAUGAUGACUUAGAAAAAUUAAAUGAAUUGUUACACAGCAUCAACAUGUUUGAAUGUAGCUUUUUUACAUGCUCAUUAUUAUUUUGAUUUGCUUAUUGUUAUGUUUACUCGCUACGCUGUAUCAAUUUUAUAUUAAUUAAUUUAAUAUUAAUAUUAAAAUGCAGCCUUUUACUGUGA